GAAAAUUGAAUGCAUACUUUGAUCGACUUGUGAUUUCACUUUACCUUUUUCCUUGCAGUUUGUUUUCAAAUAUGCUUCUCGGGAUUUUGUUUAAGUGUUAAAUUCAGAGUAUGUUUACAGUUAAAGGGCUAUAUUUUCUCAGAUGGUUUGUAUAAAUGACACAAACAAGUCUGAAACAUUACUAUGGAACAAGGCUCUGCUGGGGUUAAACUAGAGGAAGAAAUGAAAGAAAGCCAGAUUUUAAAAGAUGUGACUGCAUAUGUGGAUGUUUUCUCCAGCAAAGACAGCAGAAGUAAAUCUGUAACUCAAGUAUUAGAACAGCUGGGGGCCACUGUUAGAAAAAAAUUUACAGACAAUGUGACUCAUGUCAUCUAUAAAGAAGGCACACAAAAGACACUGAACAAAGCACGGAAGACAGGUGUUCAUUUGCUAUCUGUUCUCUGGGUGGACAGCUGUAAACAGAACCAGGAACAUGUGCCUGAGAAGCUGUUCCCUGCCAACCUUCCCGAUGACGAUAUACCACACUUCUUCCUAGUCAAACGAAAGAGGCCCAAGUGUAGGCGACCACAGGAGUUGGUUGAUGAACUGGCAGAUUUGGCAAAGAAGCCUCAGAAAAUGCAAGCCCGUAACUGGUUAGUGGAGAGGUGGAAAGAGACAGCUGAGAGCCCUUCUCCUUGCAUUGCCAGGGCUGCUGUGUUAGUGGAGGACACACAGCCAAGCACGCCGGAUUUUAGCAGCCCUGCAUGUAACAGUCCAAUCAGGCUGGCUGUACCAGAGAUGACUCCAGGCAUGAAGGCUAAGCUAGCGAGUUUGCAGAAGGCCAGAUUACUGUCAGCAGGUAAAGAAUAUCUGGAUUCUCCAGUGAGUGGUAAAGUUUGUGAAUCGCUUCAGCGGAGGUUGUUCAGUAAACCAGAUGUUUCGUCCGACAUGCUUUCCUCAGAUGCUGAUGAGGCUGCAUCUGAUGAGGCGGAAUCAUCAGGGUUGUUGUUGUUGAAAUCUGACAAAAGUUGUGCUGGCCAGAAAACAGAGUCUCCUACUAACAAGGCUGCAGUGAAAAGUAAGACUGCAACAAGAAGGUUAUUGUCUCUAAAAGAAAAUAGUCCCAUGAUACUGGGCCAGGAAAGUGGGCUGUCACUGUCUAAAGGAUACACCUGUAGUCCACUGUUUUUACAAGGUUCAAAGGGAAGGAUUGUCGGUAACAGGAAGGGUAGAGGAAAGAAACGCAAAGAGAUACAAAGUGGAGAAGAGUGGGAGGGGAACAGUCGGGUAACUAAGAUGUCCAGACUCUCCCAGAGUGUGAACAGUGAGAGUCCAGUACCCUCAAAGCAAACAGCCAUAACUGAUUACUCCAUGGCUGACGUUGUAAGGUCAGGGCCGUGCACACGUAAGUCUCGUAGAAAGACUAUCACAGCCCCUGGGUCUGUUGAGCCAGAAAGCGACAGCACAGAGACUAGGAGUAGGGUCAGAACAACCAGGCGACAGAGUUGUGGAAGUUUGACAGUGACUCCAAUCAGUAGGCACAAGACAGGCAAUGACUUGUGCCUUUACAAAGAAGAUGUGACAGAUCAACGAAUCAGCUGCAGCACAAGUGUUGGGCCAGCCAAUAAGCACACAACAAAUGUCAGGUCUACAUUCAAUGUGAUUGGUUCUUACAAAACUGAAGGAAAUUCUCAGCCAAUUAAAUCCACAGUUUCAUCAGACUGUGAUGUCAGUUGUGAACCAGUUGUGCCACAGAAAGGCAAUAAUGGAUCUCUUUUAGGAUUGUCCAUGUCUGUGGCCUACCAGGACUCCGUGUUAUCCUCCACAUUCACUGGUUCAUCUCUUGCACCUCCAAAGCCCAGUAUUGAUGAGUUUCAACUGGGUAAGAAACGUCUCAAACACAGAGCAGGUGGGUCAUCCAAGUCCAGUGUCGGCUCAAGGGACAUAACCAGAGGUGCUGGAUCCAACAUUCAACAAGCUGAGGUGGACAGUGGUAAUUCUUCCGGAUCAGGCUGUAGUAAAGCUGACUGUCAGUUUGUUAAGCCAGUGCUGGUGGAUGCAAAAAGGAAACAACAAGGAGAUUCAAUCCUAUCUGGCAACAGCUCUGCUAAAAGUUCAGACGGUUCAGACGAGGAGAAGAAUAAGAUGGGAACUCGGCAUUUUACUGAGGGGAGAAAAGCUGUAAAAAAAAAUGGUCAGAAGCCUAAGAGAUCUAUUGUGAUGACUAGUCUGCAUACACCGGAGCAGGAGCUGAUGGUAUCUGUGGUUAAGGAGCUGUACAACACAGAGCGGGGUCAGUUCUAUAUGAGGGAUGUGGUCAGUGAGGAUACCACCCACGUGGUUUGUGGAGAUGGACGCAGGACGCUUAAUGUUUUGUAUGCCAUUGCCAGAGGUUGUUGGUUACUGUCCUAUACAUGGGUUCUCCAGUCAUUAGAAGCAGGAAGGUGGUUGGAUGAGGAGAUGUAUGAGUUGAGAGAAGAUUUCCCUGCUGCUAAGUUAUCCCGCCAAGAAUGCCAGUGCAGCUCAGGCAUGUACAAGAAAAUAUUCUUCUCUUCUGUGGGACAGAUAUUCAUCUGUAAGAAGACAAAGCCCCCACGAGAAAACCUGGUCAGCCUAGUACAGCUUUGUGGUGGACAGGUUACAACAUGUCGGAGAAAAGCAAGUGUUGUUGUGGGUACAGAAUUCCAUCCUGAUGUCAUCAGUGUCUCACCACAGUGGAUUCUAGACACAAUCACAGAGUUUAAGCUGCAGCCAUAUGACAGAUAUUUGACUUGUGGACCUAAAAGGCAGAGCAGCCCAGAGUUUUGACUGAUAAUGACUCAUUAUUUCUGUUGAUUUUAAGCGGUGGUCAAAUAAUGUGACUGAAAUUAGAGUCAUUUACAUGCAUGGUGUCUUUGUCAUGUACAGUAUUAAUACAGUGUGGAAGUAUUAACUUGUAUACACUGGUGGAGUGGGAUGGGUUGAUAGCAUAAUGACUGGAUGUAUUUCAUGUAAGCCCCUACACCUCACAAUAGCAAAGUGUAUUCAAAUUAAUUACCAAUUGCCUGUGGUUUAAUAAACAAAUUCAAAUGAAAUAGUGUUGAUGUUACAUCAAAGACUUGGUCAAAUGAUGUAAUGAACGUGCCUCAAGUUGGUUUACAUAUAUCAGUCUUAUGAGGUAUUUGUAAUUUGUAAUUGUAAACAGUAAUAAUUUUUAAAUGCAUUUUGUUCUAGGUUACAUAUUACAUAUGUUGUCUGUGAAAAGAGGUAGGGAAGAUAUGGGAAUUACAGAUGUACCUGUACAGUUUUCCGAUUACAGUCAAAGUGUUUGUGAUUUACUGAUUGUGAUGUAAAGUUGUACUGACUUGUUUCUCAGGGAUUGUUUAACAACAAUGCAUUGACUUCAUCCUUUUUAGUCAAGAGAUACUAGGAGAGAUCUGAACAUGCUCCUGUGGAGCUUUUUUUAAGUGGUUUGUGAUAUUUUCUUACACAACAGGUACAAUGUCUCUGAGCAAAUACAGAGCACGUUAUUUGCAGAUAGUGACAAAGCACAUAUGAUGUCAGGGUAAAGAGGUCUGAAGGAAGUUUCCACAACACGCCAGAUCAGUUUCAAGUGGGCAUCAGUACUCCUGUCCAGAACAGCUUAUAAAAAGGAUAGUAUAUGCCUGUGCUACAACAGGACAGACUUGGCUGAUAGCCCAUGGCCAGUGUCCAGCCCAAAUUGUGUUUAUUUUUGGUUUAUUUUUUUUAUCUUGAAGCUGUCCUCAAAUUCUUGUAAAUUUUCAGGUGUCACAAACUUUCCUAAUUUGCUGAAUAGCAUGUGACUGCAGAGAGUAACAUGUGCCAUAGCUUAUCCCGCCGGUACUCCAGGAGGUGUCAUGCGCACUUCAUUGGUUAUUGGAUUCCCCCUUCUUUUCAUGUGCUUAAAACUGUUUAUUAGGACACAUUUCCUAGUCCUUAUUGUGUCUCAUUGAUGGACCAUUUCUUUCAAUUCUCUAAUUCUUUUUUGUGGUAUUUUCCCUAUGUUAAUUACAACUUUCAUUCACUAUAGCCACAGACUCAAAUCUGUGUCCAAUUUGUCAGGCAACAUAAAACAAAAAUUUCAAGUGCUUAAAAGCCAAACUCAGAACAGGAAAGAAGUCAAAUUGUGCUUGGUACAUUGUUUCGCAGUAAAGAAUCUGUACAAAUUUAAACUUCAUAGAGCAAAACAGUGUAGCUGUGUUUGAAUUUUUGACUUUAGUCUUUAGGUGUUUAAUAAAUUUUGCACCUGGCUCCUAUAAUUACUGUUGAGAUGUUUAAUUUUGUGCAAUAUAUUUAUAUAACCCAACACCUCAAACUAACAGAAAUGACGCGAAAUGACAGUUUUUCACCAAACAAAUCUGGUGUUGCCAUGAAAUCCAUUGUAGAUCCUGGAAAUUGGUGAAAUAAUGUAUUUUAAGUUGAUUAUUUGUUGAUAUGCGCCACAUUCUUCCUCUUCCACCAUCUUCGAUGGGGCGACCUCCCCCCGCCCCCAGCGUAACUCCAGAAUAUUUCACUCAUACGAUGGCGCCCAGCGUUGUGGUGGGAGGAAACCGGAUAGAGCUUCUGGGAAACCCCGACCAUUCGUAUUGAGAACGAGGGUCAGUUCGGGUUGGAUUGGAGUGGCCAUUGUGUCUGAGAAAAGGCCUUUUAUCAGUAUCUUCAUACGCACAGGUUUUGAGUUCAGAAAGAACUCAAAGGUAAAAGCUGUUGUGCGCUAUAUCUGUAAUGUCAAUAUAAUGAAUUUAUUAUUGUGUCGCCCUUUUUACAGCUUCUGAAUCAUUCUGUGCAGUAUUUUAUGGACUUUCAUCUGUGUUUGGAAAUGAUGUUGUCUGGGUUAAAGAGACAUUAGUUGAUGUCCCAAGUGUACCACAAAUUUGUUCACAUGGUUUUGUGGAAGUGUUACUGUUUUCAGAUUCAGUAAUAAAC